AUGCCUCCGGCGGCCCCGGCCCCGCCCGGCCCCCGGCCCCGCUCAGGCUUCAGAGCCGCGGGCGCAUUGGGCAGGGAGGGGGCCGGGCGCCCCCCGCGCCGAGCGGGGCUCCUUCGCCGGCUCACAGUGCCAUGGACCCGACCGCAGGGCGAGGCGCGCAGAGGUCCAGAUGCCGGCUUCCCCCGAGCGGUGGCAGAGGCGCCCCUCCCCCGUUGCGGGCUCCGACGGAAGAUGGGGGAGGGAGGCCUGCGGGGAAACGGAGAGGAAAGGGUUACUGAGGAGCUCGCAGGAGGGGACGCGUCGUUGGAAGCCCAGUUCCUCGCUGAUCUCUCCCCUGCAGACCCUUCAGAGCACAACAGCUCCCCAUUCCCUCUGGAUGAGCACUGCUUCCAGCCCUUGGGGCUAGAGCAUAGCUCGGGGCCAGUGCCCCUUCUACAGGGAGCCUCCUAUCCCCAACCCCCCCAGCCGCUUAGCCGCCUCGCUGUCACCCAGCCAGCCCUCUCAGCGCGGCAGCGCCCCCGCCCCCCAAUCCAUCCUCCCUGCCUCCCCCGCCCCUCCAAUCGUUCCCCUCCCCCGAUCGGCUCCCGCCCCCUGCCCGUCUCCGCCGCAGCCCCCCCCCCCCUACCCCGUACCUGGUUCUGGGGGCGCCAGGAGGAGGGUGGGGAUCAGAACCCCGGGGCCGCCCCGUCUCCGGCGGUUGGCAGAACCAGGGCCAGCAGCGUCGGCCGCCUCGCGCCUCUCUCGCUCCCCGCCACGUCCCCGCCCGCCUGCCGGUCCACCCGCCCCGCCGCGGUGCCGCUCAGAGGAGGACGCUCCGCGAGUCAGGGCGGCUGCUCCCGCCGCCGCAUCCCUGCAACACCGACUGACGGCAGCAUCAGCACCAGUGCCCGCCCCCCGAGCGCGCGCAUUGGAUCAUACCUCGCUAACAGACGAGCGGCUCAGCCAAUGCGAAGGCGCAGAGGCCGCCGGUGCCCGCCGCUGCUCCACAGGCCCACCUCCUUCCCCCGCGAGGGACCCAGGCGUUCUAGUCUCAGGGCAUCCGAGUUCUUUCCCGCUUCUCGAGCCUCUUGCCCUGGGGUCCCGCACCCCCCGGCCGGCCGGACCGCGUGGCAGCGCCCGGGGCUGGGGCGAGCCGAAGGGGAAGCCGUGGGCCCAGACUUCGGGCACCGAGGGAGCAGGACCUUCGCGGGGCCCGGGCCUCAGCGCCCUCUGCUGGCCACGCCUAGCGUCGGGCCCGGGUUGCCCGGAGUCUAG